AUGGCAGCAAGCACUGGUUUUUCUGGGCAUAAUGAAAUUGUAUCGAAAGAAGAAGAUCUUUUCUUUGCGACCCACUUGCAAUUGCCUUCCUUUGAUUUCUGUGGAAAUCCUUUUUCUUUGGUGGUGGAUUGGCACAGUGAGCUUUCUAUACAAGAAAGCUUUCUUGACUGUCAUCCUUUUGUUUCUGAUCCUUUAUAUGCUUCACUGGACAUUGGACAAAGUGAAGUUGCAGAUGAUAUAAAUGGUCUUGGUGUAUGGAAAGAGUUGGGUCCAUUAUUUGAGCCACAAAAACAGUUGCUUCUUUUGGGUGAUACUAACAGUAAAGAUUCAUCAAUGGGAGAAUCAACAGAAGAGAAAAGGAAGGUUAAAAAGUGCAGAGAAGAGAAAGUUAGUAACAAUAGCAUUUCAAAAGCUUUAACCAGAGAGAGAAUAUCAAAAUAUUUUUACAUGCCCAUAACUCAAGCUGCAAAAGAACUCAAUGUAGGGCUAACCCUUUUGAAGAAAAGAUGCAGAGAAUUGGAUAUUAGAAGGUGGCCUCACAGGAAACUAAUGAGUCUCCAAACCCUAAUUGAGAAUUUGCAGCAAAUGAAGGUGGAGGGCAAAGAAAGUGAAGAGAAACUAAAAGAAGCCAUUGAAAUAUUGGAAAGAGAAAAGAGGAUGCUUGAGGAAAUGCCUGAUAUGGAUCUUGAGCAUAAAACAAAAAGGCUGAGACAAGCUUGUUUUAAGGCAAAUUAUAAGAAGAGAAAGCUUAUGGGUAGUUGUUCUUCUUCUUCUAGUGGUAGUCUAAUUGCCACCACAGCUCAUGAUUAUAUUACUGCAAAUGACUAUCAAGAAGAAGAAGAAGAUGAUGAUGAAGAGAUUAAAUCACUUUUGGAAGUUCCUUUUCCUUAUGACAAUUUGAUUUUCUAG